UGAAAUUCUGAUUGGUGCGUUUGUUCGGCGAGGAGUGACAUCGCAUUGCGUGGUGACAGUUCGCCUGGCUUGAUCCUGGAUCGUUUGGCAGUGAAAACAUUGCUGAUCAUAUAUAGCCAUAUUUUAAUAACGGACUGAAGUGUUUAUUGAAAAUGGCAUCUUCAAGUCGGAGCCAGGUGUUAAAUCUGUACAAAAUAAUGUUAAGAGAAAGUCAGAACUUCGGUUCCUACAACUACAGAACCUAUGCCAUCAGAAGGAUAAGAGAUGCUUUCAGAGAAAAGAAGAACAUUGAUGAUUUUCAUGAAGUACAAACCCUAGUUCACCAGGCUAAAGAAAACUUGGAUGUCAUUCGACGACAGGUUUCAAUUGGACAGCUCUAUGCCACUCAGAAGUUGAUCAUUGAGUCAUCGGGAAACCAGUGAUACCAGAAAAUUAUCAUCUUUUAGUGAACUUCUGUAUUGAAUAACUGUUGCUUCUGCCUAUGUCUUCUAAAAUCUUCACAAUGCAUAAUGAGACUCUUGUAUUGCUAGCUGCUAUAUUUUAACUUAUCUACUUUUGGUGG